CUACGCGACCCGCAAAGGCCUCGGCCUGCACGAUGUCGACAUCCGUCCCGACCAGCGCCCUGGCCUCAACCGCGCCGACUAUGCCUUCACCGUCCUCUACGUGAGUGAUCAUCCUGAUCCUCCCGAUCCUCAUCCUCAGCGCCGCAGCCUCACCCUCCCUCCUCCCAGAAUCCCGCCCUCAUGGCCGUCAAAUCCUCCAUCCUCGUCUUCUACCUCACCCUCACCCAGGGCGAAAAGAUCUUCCGCUGGGCUAACUACGUCACCCUCUUCGUCGUCAACGCCGCCGGCCUCGCCCUGACCUUGGUCAAUGUCUUCCAAUGCGACCCCGUCAGCGCCGCCGUCGCCUAUCCCCUCCCCGCCGGCGCCCAGUGCAUCGACAUCCUCACCCUCUACCUUUCCUCCUCUCCCGUCAACAUCGUCACCGACCUAGCCAUCCUCUUCCUGCCCAACCCCAUCCUCACCCAGAUGCGACUCCCGCGCAAGCAGAAGAUCAUCCUCGUCAUCACCUUCAGCUUCGGCUUUUUUGUAGCGGUUGUCGACGUCAUCCGCAUCGUCUACAUCCAGGACGCCGCCACCUCGCGCCAGAUCGCCUUGAAGGAGAUCCACCUCCAAGAUCCCCAGGGCGACGACCUGAGCUGGUAUGGCGCGCUCUCCUUCAUGUGGUCCGUCGUGGAAGUCAACGUCUCCGUCAUUUGCGCCUGUGUCCCGAGUCUCAAGCCGCUCGUCGCGCGCAUCAUCCCUAAGCUGAUCCGCGACACCGAUGGCAGCUCGCAAGCCGCCGACGGGCUGCCGCCGGCCGCCCCAGACCUCCCCCUUCCCCCGGAAAUGGCCGCCAUCACCGGACCCACGCGCACUUCGCCCUCGCAGCCGGAUAACAAGGCGUCGCACACGGAAAGCCACAGCAGCGCGAGCCAACUGGGGUCCGCGCGCGUCGACCUCGCCGAUGUCCUGACGUCCGCCCCCGACCCGCCCCCGGAUGCUGAAAACCGCACCAACACCGUGACCAGCACCUCGUACCCGCCCAGCAUCACCUUCUUCGAUUUUGUGAACAUGAAGAAACCGGCCAACAUGCUCAAAUUGAGCAACAAGGAGUCCAUCACGCCGAUCGCGCUGACGACCAUCCUGUUCUUCCUCUGGGGCUUCGCGUACGGGCUGCUGGACAUCCUGAACGAGCAGUUCCAGCAGAUCCUGCGCCUCGACAUCUACCGCUCGUUCGGGCUGCACGCGGUCUACUUCGGGGGCUACCUCGUGGCGCCGUCGCUGGUGGGCCGCGUGGUGCUGAAGCGCGGCGGGUUCAAGUCGACGUUCAUCACGGGGCUGUGCAUCUACGCGUGCGGGGCGCUGGUGUUCUGGCCGUCGGCGGUGCUGACCUCGUACGUGGCGUUCGCGCUGUCGAACUUCAUCGUGGGCUGCGGGCUGGCGGUGCUGGAGACGGCGGCCAACCCGUUCAUCGCGCUGUGCGGGCCGCUGGAGAACUCGGAGAUCCGACUCAACAUCUCGCAGGGAGUGCAGGCGAUCGGCAGCGUGGUGUCGCCGCUGCUGGCCAAGAAGGUGCUGUUCAAGAGCGUGACGGACGUGUCGGCGCUGGUGGAGGUGCAGUGGACGUACCUGGGCAUCGCGCUGUUCGACGUGCUGCUGGCGCUGGCGUUUUAUUACUUGCCGAUCCCCGAGGCGUCGGACGAGGACCUGGAGGAGCUGGCCAACCGGCGGCGGGCGGACAACCGCGCCAAGGUGCUGGGGGUGCCGGUGGUGUGGCUGACGCUGGGGCUGGGGGUGUGGUCGCUGUUCUUCUACGUGGCCGGGCAGGAGGCGCUGUCGAUGAGUUUCGAGACGUACGUCCAAACGGUGCAUCCGGACAGCUCCCUGGGCGGGUUCGAGCGGCUGACGGUCGCGCACACGGUCUUCGCGGUGGGGCGGUUCCUGGCGGCCUUGCUGCAGUGGUUCCUCAAGCCGCGGUGGAUCCUGAUGCUGUCGUACGUCGGGAUGAUCGUGUUCUCGGUGCUGUGCAUGAAGACGACGGGGCGGCCGGCCGAGGCGAUGGCGCAGAUGGUGUACCUGUUCGAGAGCGGCGCAUUCAGCAUCAUCUUCGCGAUCGCGCUGCGCGGCACCGGCCGCCACACCAAGACGGCCGCCGUCCUCCUGACGGUCGCCAUCAGCGGCGGCGCCUUCUUCCCCUUCGCGCAGUACGCCGCGCAGCUGGCCGGCGGCGUGCGCCACUCGUACUGCGUGCUGGUCGCGCUGUUCGGCGCCGGCGCCAUCUUCCCCGUGUAUCUGAACCUGGUGCCGGCGGCCAAGAAGCAG